UCAAGUGUCUUCCUCAACCCUAAAUGUGUAAUUUCUCACCAUGGACCUGCUCCUUUAGCUAAGACAUGGCCAGCAGUGGUAGUAGUAAGAUAUGUGCUGACUAGCGGGCUCACUUGUGUGGUCCAGAGGACAAGCCGCGCCCUACACAAUGGGAUUUGGGAGUGACCUGAGGAACUCGCAGGAAGCUGUGUUAAAGUUGCAAGACUGGGAAUUACGAUUACUGGAGACAGUGAAGAAAUUUAUGGCACUGAGAAUAAAAAGCGAUAAAGAAUAUGCAUAUACUUUACAGAAUCUUUGUAAUCAAGUUGAUAAAGAAAGCACCGUGCAGGUGAAUUAUAUCAGUAAUGUGUCCAAGUCUUGGCUCCUGAUGAUCCAGCAGACAGAGCAGCUCAGUAGGAUAAUGAAGACGCACGCUGAGGACCUGAACUCUGGACCCUUGCACAGGCUCACCAUGAUGAUCAAGGACAAGCAGCAGGUGAAAAAGAGCUAUGUAGGCAUUCACCAGCAGAUAGAGGCAGAGAUGAUCAAGGUCACAAAGACAGAAUUGGAGAAAUUAAAAUCCAGCUAUCGACAAUUAAUAAAAGAAAUGAAUUCUGCCAAAGAGAAAUAUAAAGAAGCCUUAGCCAAAGGGAAGGAGACGGAAAAGGCCAAGGAACGCUAUGACAAAGCCACGAUGAAGCUCCACGUGCUGCACAAUCAGUACGUGUUGGCCCUGAAGGGGGCGCAGCUGCACCAGAGUCAGUACUAUGACACCACCCUUCCUCUGCUGCUGGACUCCGUGCAGAAGAUGCAAGAAGAAAUGAUAAAGGCUCUAAAAGGUAUAUUUGAUGAAUAUAGCCAGAUAACCAGCCUUGUUACAGAAGAAAUAGUGAAUGUCCAUAAAGAGAUUCAGAUGUCCGUCGAACAGAUAGAUCCUAGCACAGAAUAUAAUAAUUUCAUAGAUGUUCACAGAACAACAGCUGCUAAAGAACAAGAAAUAGAAUUUGAUACUUCCUUAUUAGAAGAAAAUGAAAACCUUCAGGCAAAUGAGAUCAUGUGGAAUAAUUUAACAGCAGACAGUUUGCAAGCAACGUUGAAGACUUUAGCAGAAGAGCUCUCACAGACACAGCAGAUGCUUUUAAGCAAGGAGGAGGCUGUCCUGGAACUAGAGAAGAGGAUUGAAGAAUCUUCUGAGACCUGUGAAAAGAAGUCUGACAUUGUGCUUCUUCUGGGCCAAAAACAGGCACUUGAAGAGUUGAAGCAGUCAGUCCAGCAGCUGAGAUGCACUGAGGCAAAGUGUGCAGCGCAAAAAGAAUUAUUGGAGCAAAAAGUACAAGAGAACGAUGGGAAGGAGCCGCCUCCCGUGGUGAACUACGAAGAAGAUGCACGAUCAGUCACAUCAAUGGAACGAAAGGAGAGGCUAUCCAAAUUUGAAUCUAUUCGUCAUUCAAUUGCUGGAAUAAUUAGGUCUCCAAAAUCGGCACUGGGCUCAUCAGCACUCUCAGACAUGAUCUCCGUGAGUGAGAAGCCCCUGGCGGAACAUGACUGGUACCAUGGCGCCAUCCCCAGGAUAGAGGCACAGGAGCUGCUGAGGCAGCAAGGGGACUUCUUGGUGCGCGAGAGCCAUGGGAAGCCGGGAGAAUAUGUCCUUUCCGUGUACUCUGAUGGCCAGAGGAGGCACUUCAUCAUACAGUUUGUCGAUAAUCUAUACCGGUUUGAAGGCACUGGGUUUUCAAACAUCCCCCAACUCAUAGAUCAUCACUUCUCAACCAAGCAGGUCAUCACCAAGAAGUCCGGAGUGGUUCUGCUGAACCCUAUCCCUAAGGAUAAGAAAUGGAUUCUCAAUCAUGAAGAUGUUUCAUUGGGAGCAUUACUGGGCAAGGGGAAUUUUGGUGAGGUGUACAAGGGCACACUAAAGGAUAAAACUGCUGUCGCUGUUAAAACGUGCAAGGAAGAUCUUCCACAGGAAUUAAAAAUAAAGUUUCUACAGGAAGCCAAAAUUCUCAAGCAAUAUGAUCACCCCAAUAUUGUGAAACUUAUAGGCGUGUGCACACAGAGACAGCCUGUCUACAUCAUUAUGGAACUAGUCCCAGGAGGUGACUUCCUGUCUUUUCUGAGGAAGAGAAAGGAUGAACUAAAGCUCAAGCAACUCGUGAGGUUUUCCUUGGAUGUUGCAUCUGGCAUGCUGUAUCUAGAGAGCAAAAACUGCAUACACAGGGACCUGGCUGCAAGAAACUGCCUGGUCGGUGAAAAUAAUGUUCUGAAAAUCAGUGAUUUUGGAAUGUCUCGGCAAGAAGACGGCGGAGUCUAUUCAUCUUCUGGCUUAAAGCAGAUUCCCAUUAAGUGGACGGCACCGGAAGCUCUUAAUUACGGGAGGUACAGCUCGGAAAGUGACGUCUGGAGCUUUGGCAUCCUCCUCUGGGAGACCUUCAGCCUCGGAGUCUGUCCGUACCCUGGAAUGACAAACCAGCAGGCUCGGGAGCAGGUGGAAAGAGGGUACAGGAUGUCAGCCCCACAGAACUGUCCAGAAGAGAUUUCUAAAAUCAUGAUGAAGUGUUGGGAUUAUAAGCCUGAGAACCGCCCUAAGUUCAAUGACCUUCACAAAGAGCUCACUGCCAUCAAGAAGAAAAUCACAUAGUGCCAGCCACCCGUAGGACCCUGCCCUCAGCCACCGAGACUCUAUACCACCUUACUGCAGCCAUCUUGGAAGGUUAUGUUUUUAUAUUAACUGGGUUUUUUAAAGUCUGUUCCACUUUAAAAUAUGUUAAAGGCAAAUUUAUUCAAGAAAUAAACAGUCCUACCCAUGGCCGUAUUCGCUAA